AUACUCUUUGCAAGGCAGUGAACACAGGAUGACCAGUAUGUGUUGUGGUUAUGUCAUUGCGGUCCUUUUUAGUGGGGUUUUAUACGGACUCCUGAAUGUGAAUGACUAGAAGUAUGUCAGUUAUGAAAUCUUCGGAAUCAAAUCAUUCUAACAUAACUACAGACACAAAUAAUAGUGCGACACCCGGUAGCAAAGAAACACUAAUGGAUCUGUUCAUAGAUCAUCAGAAACAAAGAUACCCGUUUUGCGUUAUUUGGACACCUAUACCACUUCUAACAUGGCUGUUUCCAUUUAUUGGCCACAUGGGAAUUGCCAUGUCAUCAGGUAUAAUACGAGACUUUGCAGGUCCAUACUUUGUAUCUGAAGAUAACAUGGCAUUUGGUUGCCCAACAAAAUAUUGGCAGUUACGACCCCACCUUGCAAGAGGGGGGAAAAAUGGCUGGGAUCAUGCUGUUACUGAGGCUUCUGAAGAGUAUAAAACAAGGAUGCAUAAUUUGUGUUGUGACAACUGUCACUCCCAUGUUGCCAUGGCUCUGAACUUGAUGCAUUAUGAUGGAAGCACAAACUGGAACAUGGUGAAAUUAGCAUUUCUGAUGCUGCUUAAAGGUAAAUACGUGAGUGUUGCAGGCCUUCUGAAGACCUGGGUGCCAUUCGUAUUACUGGUCUGCAUUUUUGCUAUUAUUUACAUGUUUGUAUGAACUUAAUUUCUUUUUAAAUUAGUUGGAUGUAUAAAGAUUUCUUGGAAGAGUGAAAAUUGCGUCAGUGUAAUAGUGCAUCAAGCAAUAUUUGUAUAGCGUUAAUAUUAUAUAAUGCAUAACCAGUCAGUCAGCAUGCAUUUGAUAUGUUUUGAUUUAAUUUGUCCACCCUCUGUAAAUGAGGUAUUCUCUUUUGACUGUAUUCUCUUAUUUUAUUGCUUCAUUAAUUUAUUUAAUGUCUAUAAUGUGUGUUACAUUGGUGAUCUCUGUGUAUGUAUCAGCUGCUAUUUGAAUAAUUUUUAUUUCCACGUACAUCAUCAUCUCAUUGUUUCUUUUGAUCACUCAUGUUUCACAGUCAUGUAUGUGUGUUGACACUGUGCUUUAUAUAACUUCAUGUGAUUCUAGUCUCUCCUUUCCUUCCAUGACUCAGCAGUAAUUGUCUUCAUAUAUAAUUGAGUCUUGUAAUCUUCCAUUCAAUACCUGUCUGUGCCUAACUUUUUCAUUUUAUAUCAAAAAACAUGAACGAAUGCUCUUGCUAUGUGGAUGGAGAAAUAUUUAUUAUAUUAGUCUUUAAGGGCUGUUUUUUUAUAAAAUACCAUUGUUUAUAUAGUAAUGUGUGCAUUAUAUUAUUGGAUAACCAUAUUUAAUUCAUUUUAACUUAUCUGUUUUUCAAAGUAUUGUUUUAUAUCUUGACAGGAAUUGGUUGGUACUGUGGCAAAUAUUAUGGUGGGUGAGGUGCAUGGCAUGUAGCAAAAAUGGGAUAAGAUUAUAAAUUCAUACAGAAUUCUAAAUGAAAAGCCACAGGGAGCACACUGCUUGGGAGAACUAGGCAUACAUGGGAAGAUAAUUAAAGUAUUUCCAUUACAGAUUUCAUUAGCCAUUGUCUUAAAAACAGUUCAGUGUAUCAAUCAGACAUGUUGUAAUAUUCUAGAAACUGUACAUGAAACCUACAAUACAGUAAAAUAUUUUAUGAAUUAUUCACAAACAUA